AACUGGCAUAUACUUAUUGGCAAAGAAUAAAAAUUUAAAACGGGGUCCACAACAUACACAUAAAAACCAGUCUGUGUUCACAAUCUAUCCAUCUCUCUCACCUUAUUCACUUUCUCUCUCUAAAGCAACUACAUUUCUAUUCCUUCUUCGUCUUCCUCACCCUUUCAACGUUAAAGCUUCAGAGAAAAGAAAAGAAAAGAAGAAACCAUGAGCUCCUCAAUCAUGAAAACCCUUCAGAUUCGUAAACCCGCUUCUCUCCCCGUGUCUUCCACCACCACCGCCGAUAAUAACGAACCGGGUCUUCUCCGCCGUCGUCUCUCUUCCCUCUCCUUGAAUCUCUCUCGUAACCAGUCUUCCACCGAUGAUUUACACAGAUCCAAAUCUGUCUCUGCCACGGGAGAGCAGAGAGGUAGUGGCUCUGUGAAAGAAUGGUGGGAAUGGAGUUGGUCAUUGAUUCUCCUGAAGAAACUACCAGUCUUCUUCACGGAUCUUGAGUUUAACGAGAACCAAACCAAGUCAUCGUUGGGGAAUCAACAGAGAGGCAGCUUUGCUCAAGUGUUCUUCAGGCUCCGAUCUGAGAUCCGCCGUCUCCUCCGUACUUCAUCCUCCGACUCUCUCCCUCUCUCCUGCAAUCGAUGAUGUGGCAAUCUUUGGUCGUUGAAGGUUUUACACUUUGGUUGUGUGGUCGAUCUACUCAUAUUCUUUUAUAAGCAAAAAUGUCCUUCAUAUGUUCUUACUUCCAAUGUGAUUGAUGAAGUUAUUUACUGUCAUUCCUAGAUUUCAUUAUUUUUAAAAACAUUUUUUUUGUUGUGAAGUGUAUUAUUUCAUUUGUUUUGUACUAAAAGCUAUGCAAUUAAACGUUAACCGUUGUUUC